ACCCAUAUUAUGUCAGCGGCCGUACACUUGGUCCACGAUGGGAUGCUCAUCCUGCUGCUUAUCUAUGGAAUCAUCGCGCUAGUCAAACCAGCGGUUGGAUCAUCAUUGGCACUGUGUGAGGGUGGCCAAACAUGUCUUCCACCGAAGGAAUGUUGCGCCCAGGGUUGCUGCUAUCUGUACGCACCGCCUGGUGCACCGCGCGUACCGCUGGCAAACAACGAUCACGUGCUGAGCCUGCUGUUUGUGAACCAUUGGUACUUCUGGUGCUUCGUGCUGGCCAUCGUACUGGCACUGCUCUGUACGUGCUCGCUGUGGAAGAAAAGGCGCCAACUGUGCGGUUGGGAUACGUCCGCACGCCACUCACAGUCGGAGGGUGAUUCGGCCGGUUCCUGUUACGCUCCACCACAGUACAGCCGGUGCAACUCGUUCCACAUACAUGCACCACCACCAUACACCGAGGUUGCAUCAAAACCCGACCUUUAUCCGUUGGUGUUUAGCUACACCGAUCCGGGCAAGGGUAAUGGUGCGAACUAUCUGAUGGUGCAGUACUUCCGGAACUAUAUCGUACAGCCGGUCGGUUCGAUAUCCGGCACGAGCACGGUUGAUUCACUCAGCUCCAGCUUUAUCUGCAAUGCCAACGAGGCAAACACUCUAGUACCUCCGCCGUAUUCGCGCGCUGCCAGUCCCGAUCUGACGAUGUCGUUCCGGAACUAUCUGAUGCCACGGUCCGCAUCGCAGCAGGUAUGCCUUACCGCGUUCGACCGCACGUCCGGUGGUGUUCAGGCAGGGCAGGUGCCGGGUUCGCGUAGUCAAGCCAGCUACCAGCGGGACGAUGAUUCGCUACUCGACCAUCAUCAUCUGCAUCAGCAGCAGCAGCAACAGCAAUGCAUACUCUCACGGGAGCAACAGCGUGACGAGACGGGUCCGAUCGAUGGCACUCUUGUUACCUCUACAAUCAAUCACACUAGCAUAAGCAGUAACAAUGUGUCCUUAAUGGAGUGUCCCGAGAGUGAACGGGGUGCCGGUAGCUAUCAUCCGCGCAAGACCAAUUACAUGGACCACGGACCAAGCCAACAGCCGAUGGCAAGCGAUAACGGUCACCGCACCGGCAGCGGUAACACCUCAGCACCGAACAACGAUACCUCCGGGCUGGUGCACUCUGCUGUGGCUGGUUCGACGGAAUCCUUCACCUCACUACCCGGUCCACCGUUCGACGGUAGCCCGCAGGCGCACAAUAGCAAUAGCAUACAUCCGGCAAACCGUUACACCGGUCGGCUCGAUGGUACCAGCGAAAACUGUGAUCUUCACAUGCUGCAAGCAAACUUCGACCAGCAGCGAAACACGCCCGUGUGCAAACUCUGCUGCUCGAUGGGUGACAUCACGGCCGGCACACCGAACGAUAGGCGCAUCUAUCAGGCGAAGAAUUUGAGCGGACUGCACAAAAGUUUGGAAACCUGUUGCCACGUGAAUCUGCACGGCAAUCGUGAGGGGGCGCGUCUAUCGACGCUCCCAACAACGGACAGUGAUGAUUCGAUCCUGCACACGGAUGUGGUGCGGAAACAUGAUGCCCGUAUGCGCAACUCGUGCGGUGUAUCGAGUGUCGGCUCGAACGUCUCCAGUCUGGUGAAUCUGGACGCGUCCAGUUCACCGCCGAGAGCGACUAGCCCGACGGCGGAGGUGCGUGAACUGCUGGAGCAGAUACGGCUGCUGCAUAGCGAUGGUACGGACGGGCCGGUUGCCGACCCGACCGGGACGGAACAGAGCGACGGACAGCCGUACGGUGAUGAUGCAACGACACAACCUCGACCCGGUGGUACCGUGUCAGACCAACGGCUGGCGGGACAAUCGAGCUACAGACGACCCUCGUCACUGAUCGGGCGCCGUACGAAGCUGUGGUCGAAACCGAACACCCAGCCGGGUGGAAGCAAGGGCAUGUACAUACCAAUCUCCUUCACCCAAAGCUUCAUGGGACCGGGUACGACCGGCCGGCAUCUGCGCAGCCCAGCCUCGAUGUCUAGCGCGGCCAGUAGCUUCCUGAACCGUGGACGCAGCCGCUACUGCUGGAUGUCGAAAUCGGCCCCAACAACACCGGGUGCGGCACCGGGCAGCUUUGCCGGUGGUACGCUCAGUGAUAAUCGGCCGCUGCUGCUAACCGAGCAGGAGGAGGACGGCGAACAGAACGUCUAGAUUACCGCUGAUACCGGCGCCCUAAAAGGAUUGAUGCAUGAUUAAGGAUAAUAUUUACAUAAUACGGUUCAGAUUGUGGUUUUUUUUUGGUUUUGUUGGACCGGAUGUUCGUCUCAUCUGGCGCUCACCUGGAGAAGCUGCUCCGGCACCGGACCGGUAUGGGGUACCGCAAAUACCUAAACAUGAUGUUUUUUUAUGUACACACGCGAGCAGGAGAGCAGCAGCAGCAGUAGUAAAGUGGGUUUUGCACAAAACUUUUUAAAUCUACACGCACCGGCGUACACCGGCUCAGGGUUUAACUGUCCCAGGUGUGCUCGCAGGAUGUACAACUCUUUGCUCUCUCUCUCUCUCUCUCCAAACGAUACAGCAGACGAUAGGCACAGGUUCAGGUACCUUUCACGACCACGAACGUUGGAGCGACUGUAUCAACGAAUCUUUUUUAGUUUUUAUUUCACUACUAUUGAAGCAAUAUUUAGCGAACCAGGAUAAUAAUAGUAGAAGGACGGCUCAACCGAACCUAACCUAGCAAAACACGGUUAAACAACAGUCUUCGAUCUAUACAGCGAACUGUCCGCGCGUGUGUUUAGACGGACGGGCAUUAGAGAGAGAGAGAGGGAGGAUGGCCUAGCAAAUAGCGCUUUGGAAGAGAUGAGGGUUUUUUCGUGGUUUUUUUUUUCUUUAAAUUGAAACCCAACUGUACACGUGUGGGGGCCAGUGUUGGUGGGACUUUUCCAAGGACAACUAUGUUCUGGACCAUAACGUGUUUCGUGUUUGUACCCUUAUCCCGUUUCGCUUGCUACGUUUGUAUUCUUGUAACUUUGUAAAAAAAAAAAACACACACACACAUUGUCCCACAUACACACACACACAGAGGCACAAACACAACCAAACAU